ACGAAUCUGAUGCUGUUUUUCAACGGCCGUAACUACCACCUGGUUGUCUUUUUCAUUUUCAUGAAUUUUGACACAAAAUCCCUAAAAUGAUAUCAAAAGCAACCGUUGGUUUGGCUGCAGCAAGUGCAGGUAUAUGCUUUAUAGGUUACUGCAUCUAUUUCGACCGAAAACGGCGCAGCGAUCCUCUGUUUAAACAGCGAUUGCGGGAGAAACGGAAAAAAGCCAAGCAGACAGAAAAGAGCAGCUUCAAAGUCGAGUUACCUGAUCCAAGAGACAAUGAAGCAAUGCAAAGAUUUUUCUUAAAAGAAAUUCAGCUUGGCGAGGAAUUACUUGGCCAGGGUCAAAUUGAAGAAGCCAUUGAACAUUUGAGUCUUGCUGUUGCCGUGUGUGGCCAGUCAACACAACUGCUAGCAGUGCUGGAACAGACACUACCCCCGCAAGUUUAUACCCUCCUUCAUGAAAAUGUACCAAAGGCAGUCAAGAGGAUUAAACAGUUGACAGAUCUGGGACCAAUGAUGGGAGGUAUGCCAGGUAUGGGUGGUAUGCCAAGCCACGGGGGUCCGACUGUCACCCCAUUGGAGGAUGAUCUAGAGUAGAAAGUUGGACGGAGUACCCUUAUUUUAGAGAGCUCUGAACAAUUCUUUUCAUAAAAGAAGAAGAGACAAUUCAUAUCAUCAAAGAAGAAAAGACUGUGUGCAGUGAACGGGAGUGGUUUUUCAAUAUUAUCCUGAUAACUCUAGGUGGAUAUUCAGGAGAAGUAAAUGGUUUGUCUCAGACUUACAACUUUGUGAUGGAUCCUUGUCAAUAAUGUAUUGUGCUCACGUGUUUACAUUACUAACCGUCCGGAAUGAGGUAGUGGGCUUUCAGACUUUUGGUUUGUCAAAUUGUUUUGUAAGAAGAUUAAAAAAUUCUGUAUAAAAAUAAAUACAACAUUUAUCUAUGUGA